AUGUCUCAUAUCCACCGCUCUGAAUCAUUACACGAAGUUGACGCGGGGGAGCAACCCACCGCGGAAGAUGAUCCCAACAUGCACGUGCGGAAAAAAAGACGGAAAUACAUAGCCAAGGCUUGUAACGGGUGUAAACGGCGCAAGAUCAAAUGUAACGGCGAGAAACCGUGUCAUCGAUGCGGGAGACAGCAUCUGGAAUGUGUGUACGCGGAGGGACCGUGGCCGGACGCAGAUGGAGGGAACGGGAAUGAAGGAUUCAACCGCCUACGCGCCCAAAUGAAAACAAUGCAGGACCAAAUAAUCGUAUUGACAAAUACAGUCAGAACAUUAACCGAAUCAUUACCAGAUGGCUGCACUACACCAGUUCCAGUUCUACAGAGACCAUUCCGCAGUCUCGGUCUCGCAACAACCAAAGAAACAUUCCAAGGCCCCACAUCAUCCGCGUUCAGUUUCGAUCUGGCCAAAUCCAGUCUCCAAAGUCGAGGCAUCGUGGAACGCACCGAGAUCGGAGACGCAGACUACGACGUCACUCAGGAACCAUCGCCCAUUCCGUCUCCAUCGUCUCCGCGUCAAACACCGGCGUCAUCUUCGCGACGCGGGGACCCCCUAUGGGCGAUCCGGAAGAUGGAGGCAUUGCGACUGUGUCGUGUGUAUGAAGAGGAGAUGGGGAUUAUGUAUCCGAUUUUAGAUCUGUCGAGGCUUCUGCGGCAGGUGGAAGUGCUGUAUGGGCCGUCGUUGGAGGCUCCUUCCGUGGGAUCGGAGCUGCGCAGUGAGCUAAACAGGGAUGACGUGCAUAUUCUCCGGUUGGUGUUUGCGUGUGCGUUGACGGCUGAAGCGAGCGGGAGCAGUGACUUGGCACUGGGACUGUUUGAUAGUGUGCGCGUAGUGGCGGAAAAUAGUGUCUGGGGACCUCCGGAGAUUAAGAGGAUUAUAUUUCUGACAUUGGUGGCGAUUUUCUACUUCCAAAUGGACGAGGAAACUCUGGCGUGGCGGACAAUCGGCAUCCCCGGGAUCGAAGCGGAAGGACGCGAUCGCGUGCUCCGACUGUUCUGGUCGAUUCGCAUCCUCGACGUGCGCUGGAGCUUUGGCACAGGGAUGCCGUUUGCUCUGGAGGACGCGGAUAUUGAUCCAUGGCUACCUGAACCAGAGGGCGAGAAGACGUCGUAUCUGCGUGUGAUGAUUCGGUAUAGUCGGAUUGCAGCCAAAGUGUGGAGAUUCAUCUCUGCGUUCAACAAUACCAACGAGAUCAAAAAGGAGGAGAUGAAUUAUCUCGACUGGCAGGUUUUCCAGUGGUCUGGCGAUAUCCCAGUGGAUCUUCGUCUGGAUAACUCUGCUGAUGAAAAAGAAUCGGAAUCGGAAUCCACGCAGGAACCACGGAGUCUCCGUCGCCUCCGUGCGCUGUUAUACCUCCGGUCGAACCAGCUGCGCAUGCUCAUCCAUCGUCCGGUACUUCACUCGGCAGCGCACAUCACGCGAUACCCAUCGGAGGCGCAAACAGUGGUAGACAUGGCCAAGGAGACAAUCCGAUUCAUUGCGGAACUGAACGAAACAUCGGAUAUCUACCGACUGCAGCAGGUAGCCUUCAACUGGUUCCUGGUGUCUGCACUCGCCGUGCUGUUCCUCGCCGUGGCGCAGAUGCCCAGCCAGUUCAGCGCCAGCUGUCGCGAGGAGUUCUACCGUGCGCUCGAACUCGUCAAGGGAUUCUCCACACGGUCGUAUAUCUCGCGACGACUCUGGACUUCUAUCCGGGGUUUGCGAAAGCUGGCUCCCCAGCUGGGUUUGCAUCUCCAGCAGGAGGACGUCCCUGACGAGAGGACCGCAUGUCUCAAUGGCCGCACGUCGACCGAGUCGGUCCCCUGUCCGCAAAGUCAAUCACCGCUGGACGGAGCGCAGAUGACGCGAGAGCUGAUGGAAUGGUUCGAAGCGGUCGGAAACCUCGAAGACCAGAUCAUGGGGAUUGGAAUGGCGUGGCCGAGUAGAAUGGGCGGAGUGGAUUACGGGGGGGAGUUAUCUAGUCUGAUGAAGGAGUGUUUCUAA